ACAUUUUAUAGUCUGUGAUGCAGGCACGUGGACAUUGUCAUUAUCUGUAAGCUUUGAGUUGCUUAGCAAUCUCUACGUGGAGAUAUCAGUCAAGGGCAUUUAGUUUCGUAGUGAGUUUAAAUGCAGUUAUGUCGUCUGUGAUUGGUAGCGUUAAACGAAUUUUGUUUUUGUAGUUUUAGAAAGUCUCCAAUAAUUCCAAUUAUAAAAAUCAUAAUGACUUCCAAUACUGUAAAGGCAGGAACUUUUAUAUCCAUCUUGUUUCUAGUUAUUGCUUUAUUUUAUAGACAGCAAGUUGACGAUGUAUUGAAAGAUAGAUUAAAUUCAAUUCUUGAAGGCCUAGUGAAGGUUGAAAAACAGUGUUCGGUGGGUGUAAAACCUAAAGUUGCUGUAGGUUAUGGUGCUUGCAACGACCUGUUUAUAGACGGCAAAGAAUUAUUGAAGUAUGACGAAGUAGCAAAAAAGCCAGAACAUUUUGAUGACAUAAGUUCAGCUGAGGAACUGUUGAAAACGUAUGCAUACUUUUUUCGUCAUGGAGCUGCUGCAGAGAGGUAUAUCUCUAAUGACACACUCUUUGAUACAAUUGUGGAUAUUGCUUCACGCAUUGAGGGCUCACAUUUUUCUCUUGGUGGAAAUGCUCCUGUUAUGGCAAAGCGAUUUGCUCUGGAAGGUUGCGAGGUCUUGCUGGCAGCAAAGAUGACACCAAAAUUACAAGAAUCUCUACCCGAAGGAGUCACAGUCGCAGGAGGAGACAUACGAAAAGACGACAUCCAUUUGAUCUUGGAAUACAAAGCAAAUGAAGAGUGGGGUAUCUACAAAUCACCACGAGCCAAUAGAUUUAUUGUACAUAAUGAUGACAACAAUCCUCUUGUGAGUUCACUGGAAGAAUUUAAUAAAUUACUGAAGAAAUUUAAUCCUAACUUACUUGUGGUCAGUGGCUUACAGAUGAUGGAUAAUUAUCCGUAUCCCAAAGGUGUGCGAGAACAAAGACUAUUAAAGAUUCGAGACCAGAUGGUAGCACAGGCACCCAACACCAGAGUUCACUUUGAAAUGGCAUCAUUUGUAGAAGCUGAAUUGCUUUAUCAACUUACACAGUUUAUAAUCCCUUAUGCCGAUUCGCUCGGAAUGAAUGAACAGGAAUUGGCAAAUUUGUACAAUAUUAUGCUAUAUGGAAACAUCAGCUUUGUGUCAGAUUCAAACCCCCGUGUUGCGACAGUCCUUGAUCAGAUGAGAGAGAUUUUUCAUUUGGUAUCAAGAAGCAGUUUGAACAAAGAGAAGAGUCAUCAACUGACGAGGCUGCACGUUCAUACGCUGGCAUACCAGGCUAUCCUUACUGUAAAGAAUUCUCCAUGGAAGAAUUCAAAGGCAGCUGCAGCCAAAGCCUCCCUGACAGCCAACAGGCAUGUUUGCGGCUCGAAAGAGGUUGAUAUUGAAAAGGCGAAGCUGAUAAUGGACGAUAGCUUCUCGACAUCCAUUGCUGCCGGCAGCAGACGAGUACCUUUAGAUGUGGACCAGCCUGUAUCUUGUUGGGAUGAGGAGUUGAAUGCAGAACCAGGCAGUUGGUUUGCUGUAGAGAUAUGCAUAGCGCCUGUUCUAGUCUGUACAGAAGCCUACCAGACGGCAGGUGGCGGAGACAACAUUUCAUCAGCUGGUCUAUACUUGCAAAUAUAACAGUGGAAUAGUAAGACUUGGAUAUCAUUCCAUUUUUAUAUUUACAUUUCAUUUUUAUAUGAUGAAUAAUCAACAGGUAUACAGACUCAAGCGGAUUAAGACAAUUAAAAUUCACCAUUUUAAUAACGAUUUCUGAUGAAUAAGGGAUCCUGUCGGUAUAGUUAGAAAUUAACCUUGAGCAAAAUUUAAUUAUCAGUAUUUUUAGUGUUAAUGCUGGGAAUUUUUAAUAUUUUAUAAGGUAUUCCAAGAAUCCUUGUUCUGUUUCUUAAAUAUUUGAAAGUGAAGAUAGGAAUGCAAACAUUCAAGACAAAAGUAAUUAAUCUUUUUUAUGAAAUGUACAGCAGAACUAAAAUGCAAUGUAAAGUUUUAGACAACUCCUUUAGCCGUGUCAGUAACACUUCAGAGAACAUAUUUUUACUAGUCUCUUAACAACCCAAUAUUCUGAUUAUCACCUAAAAUUGGGGUUCUGAAAUUAAAAAAUACCAAAAUUGGCUUUGUUAGCAGAUUGUUUUUGACUUGUAAAUUUGUAAUAGUGAUAUGUUAUGUUUAUCCGCACACAACUAUGGAUUCAUUCUCUGUAUUUGUUAUCACUUUAAAUUUGUAUGAUUUUUUAUGACCCGCGCAAAAGACAUGUCUACAUAUCUAUAUUACCUCUUGUUUUUAGCCAUGCAGACACUCGCCAGUGUAGUGUAAUAUCAGUUUUCUCUUUAUUGUAUUAUCACAAAUACAGUUGAACCUCCAUUUUAUAUUUUUGAAAGCCCUGCCUAAAAAGACCACUUGGGAUACCAAAGUUUAGAUGGGAGGAUAAUCAAAAAAGGACCUUAAAGAAGUAGGAUGUGAGGAUGUGGACUGAAUUUAUGAUACUAAGGAUAGGGACCAGUUGCAGGCUUCUGUGAAUGAACACCAAUUUUUUCAGUAGAUACAUGGUUGUUCUUUAACAACAUGAAAUAGACAUAUUAUAGCUAAUGCUUUGUGUAUUCAUAAAAGGAGCACUUCAAAACAACAAAGAGUAAUUCAUUAUUAGGAUUUCUUUAUUUUUUAAGUACUUUAUAAAUGUUUUUAUGUGAUCACUAUUUAAUAUUUCAGAUCUGGCAAAGUUAAUUUCAGAUAAGGCUGAUAUUUACACAGAUAUUUGUAUGAAGAUUCGUACCCUGAAUUCGUGUUAAGAAAAGGUUGGUAAGGUCAUAACUGGAGCCCAUCACUUCAAGUAAUAGCGUGUUUAGUGUUUUUACUCUGAGACGAGGCAUGUGCAUUGGACGCAAGAGUUUGAUUUUACAUCUGUAAAUGUUUCGUUUAGAUAACUUUUUUGCUGUCAGGUGCUAGUGCAGAGUAUUAUGUUUUGUAAUACUUCUGUUGACAGAAUAUUGAUUUAAAGGGACCAGAAGGAAGUACAAUUUGAACUAAUGUAUUUACUAUAACCGUCAGAUGCAACUUUUUGUUUUAUGUACCCAUCAUAUUUUGCUUGCGAUAUUUUUUACGUAAGGGUCAUUUUACUAUCAUGUUUUCUGGUCUAGACCACAAAGAAACAUUUUUGUGUCGGUUAAUAUGACUGAUAAUUAACUGAAUUCAAAUUAUUUAAAGAGGGAAGUCAUAUAACUAUUUUAUAAGAUAUUGUAGAUGCGUCA